AUGUCCUACAUUCAGUGCUCCAACGAAGCCAAGCCUCAAAGCAUCGUCCAUCACAUUGGACGUCUUGGCUCCAAGAUCACCAAGCCAAUCUCCAAUCGCCGAAAGCGCAUGAGAAUGCAACGAAAACUAUCAGGAGGGUCAGUGGCAUCCUCGCACCAAGAGACCGCCUCUCUAUCAGUAUGCGAUACUGCUGACUACUGCCUGGCAAGCGUGGCAGUAUCCGAGGAUGGUAGCUAUCAAGAAGACAAUUACACCAUUGAUAGCGACGAUGCAUUCUCCUGCUGCAGCGACAUUGACGAAGAUGAAGGUAUUUUCGAAACACUCGACCAGAACGACUUUCUCACUGAAUGCUUCGUCACCAACGGACAAAGCGACGUGGUCUUUUUGGUACACUUUUUCAACCAAGAAACCUCCAUUUCCCAUGCUAUUGAAGACAUCCUAUCCAUUCGAGUCCUUGAGACCAACUCCAAGUGUGAAUGUCGAAGAAUCGACUCCAAGAGCGCACCACUCUUUACAGCCAAGCUACAGAUCGACCCGGAACAACCCACUAUUGUUGCAAUCAAGAAUGGCAAGAUCCUGAGCAAAGUCUCAGACAUCUCGUCAUCACAAUGCACAGAAGUGGACCGAUGGUUGGCAAGAACGAGAAUACUUCAAAGCGUUUCAUCCAGCGCCACUUUCUCUGGUCUAUCAACCAACAUGUAG